AUGGAUUAUGGACCUUUGGGGAAGCAUACUACCAAUGCAUUCAAGCUUAGUACGGCACUCGCUCGGCUUGGACUCAGCCAGUACGAGGAGCGCCUACAAGAAAACGGCUUCGAGGAUUGGGAGACUGUGACAGCGAUCACAGAAACCGACAUGGCCAAAAUGAACUUCAAGCGGGGUGAUCGUCGGAAACUUCAGCGUGCAAUAAACGAGUAUAGCAGUGCAAACGCAUCGCAUAGAGUGUAUGAGGCCGAAAACUUUCCUCUGCCAUCCGAAGGGCUACCCGCCGUUGGAGAACAUUCCGAGGCGACGCCACAACCCUCACAGCAGGCAGCGCGUACGACUAGACCGUAUCGACGGCACCCGCGACCAGAUCCCAAUGCUCCCCCCAAGCCUAAAACGGCUUAUGUGCUCUUCAGCGAGCAUGUUCGACAGGAUCCAGCACUCAGCCGUUCGUCUUUUACUGAGAUUGCCAAGGAAACAGGAAAGCGUUGGAGGAAACUCUCUCAUGAAGAACGAACGACCAUCUGGGGAACACCGGCUGCUGAUAGGCUGCAAGAUUACAAAAACGAGCUCGAGCGUUACAAGCAAACCGAGGAAUACCGGAGCCAUCAAACGUACCUUGAGGGAUUCAAGCAACGACGGCACAGCCCAAAAUCGACAACAAUAUUGGAUAACAAAGCUGCAUCCACUUCCGAACUCGCCUCUUUUGGUCCCCUAACCGCCUCAGAGGCUCAGAAAGAAUUCGAAGCUACCCGUCAAGAGAGCUUGGACACAGAUGAUGCAGAUUUAGAGGGCGGCUCGCAAGACACGGCAUCGCUCGACGAGGAUGGGGUGGAGGAGGUGCGCCAGAUUUCGAAAGCCCUUGGUAUCAACCCUCACUUAAUCAGAGUUGCUGCGUUUCCACCAGAAGACAUGACAACCAAAGCUGUUGAAGCCUUCGUCCAUGGUACAGGUUCGCUUCUCUUUCUUUGGAACCGAGACGAAGCUUUCGACCUUGUUAGAUCUGCUUACCACCCACAAGACGACUCGAAGCCAGUGCACGCAACCGAAGUCUUUGCAAUAUCAGCAGUAGGAAGCAUUUGCGAUGCAGAAGCCCAUACGAUGUUGGCUGGGGAGAAGUUUCUACAUUUCUUCCUGUACAUGCUGUCCUCAUCUUCAGAUGUUUGUGCCCUCCGCCGCAUGCGGCUUUUUGCUUGCCUGGCGAUAUGUCGGUUCACUAAUAGUGUGGAGAGUGCAAGGAGACUUAUGUUAUUAGCCCUCAGUAUGGGUAGGCAGGCAUUUACGUCUCCAUCGUUUGAGGCCGACACAUCCGAAGAGAAAGUACUCUAUUGGCGGAAAGUAUUCCGAAGCAUCGUCUUUCUAGAGAGCUGGUUUGCAUAUAAUACGGGUCACGAAUCACGGGUUACCAAACAAGAUCUGACUGUACAACUCUACGUACCUUUUACCCUUCAUAUCAUCCUCCUCCGCACGUUGAGCAAAGGGGUAGAGUCUUUCAAGAUUGAUCUUGCUAAGUUCCGCUUAAGCAAUACCUCGAUCGACUCGGAAAAUUUGGACGCUCUAAAACACGUCGAAGAGCAAUGCGUCUUAGCCGCACGACAAUCCGCUCGGGUAGCGUCGCUGCUACAGAUUGACAAUUUGAUCCGAUCGCAUUGUUGGGUUUCUGUCUAUACCAGCUUCACUGGCUGUUCAUUACUUCUGUUCAGUGCUUCGCAGAAACUACUCGAGCUCUCUGGAGAAGAAGCUAGUCAAGAGCUAUCAUACGCAGCUUCGCAUUUGACUAUCCUCGCUUUGUGCAGUUACGAUAACACCAUGGCGAGAAAGCUCUACGUACAGCUUCAGAUCAUUUUCAAUGAUAUCAGAGGAAUCGUAGUGUCACCGGUUUACCGCACAAUGUGCGAGAUGCGCAUCAUCAUCAAAGACGUAGCGCUCGUGCCGCUGUCGCAUUAUCACGCAGUUGUGGGGGCGGAGGAGCAAACUGACUUUGGACCAACCACGAAUGCUCGAGUAUUCGAUCAAGAUCCCAUGGACCUCGAUCCCCCAGUAAGCCCACCAGACCCAGAUGUCCAGUAUGCUGAACUUCAAUCACGUUACGCAAAACUGGAACGUGAGUAUCAGGAUAUCUCUGCUCAGCGCGAUGCACGAGUAGAACAUCUGGAAAACGAGAAUGGAGAUCUGAAAGGCCAGUUGCAACGAUGCUCGUCGGAACGUCAGCGACUUGACCAUGAAUUGGACUGCAUCAAACAAGAUACAAGGGAAGUAGUGCACAAAUGGAAAGCGGAGCGCGCUGAGAACAAAGACCUUCGCUCCAAGUGCGCUCAGCUCAGACGAGAACUCAAGGCCGCACAGGAUUCUACAGCAGAGAGAACUCCGCGUAUAGUCGAGAUACCAGAGCCUCUUGCAAUAGAGUCUACGACCAUGUCAGACUUGGAAGAUAGCGACGAGGCAGUGUUGGUGGUUCCACCACUAUCCACCUGGAGAGAGAGAGCCGGUAAUGGUUAUGAGAUCUUCGUCGUGGAAGAAGCUUCCGAAGAAGAUGUCUUGAUGGGGUAUAGCUGGGAUAUCAGCUCAAGUCGUGAGGAAGCGGUAUCUCAGAUAAGUGAAUCGUUGCGCCAAGCUGCAUCAAUUGCCGAGGGUAAAGAGUACUACGCAAUAACAGUCCUGGGGAAACGCAUCGUCAGUACAGAUCCUGAAAUCCUUUUCAGGACUUUCGAGACUUGUCAGACGUUAGCUAUUGGGACCGAAAAGGGUAUAGAUAAGUAG